AUGGAUGAAAGGCCCCGAGAUCGAUCUGAGCAUGAGGUAAAGCGCAAUACGGGUCGAAAAACAGGUGGCAAGAAGCAAGGAGGCUCCAAAAAGUCCAAAAACGAUGGUCAAUCAACGACAGCAGGACCAGAAAAUGCCAAGGCCAAGAAACGUCAGAAGAAGACUAAAGGGCAAAAUGUGCGGCUCACAGCCCAACACAAACUGGUGGUGAGGCUACUGCCGCCAAACCUGACCGAAAAGCAGUUUUUUGAAGUUGUUUUCAAAGCUCUGGGAUCAGCAUCGGGAAAAUCAUCGGAUGCUGGAUUCUUCAGCCAAGACGUUGAAUCUCACUACUACGUCCCGGGACAUUAUUCGAGGAAACCUUUCAAGCAACCGACGUACUCCAGGGCUUAUUUGACGUUUUAUGAGCCGGCAAAGGUGCAGGAUUUCGUGAGGACGAUUGGUAACUUGAAAUUCACAGAUGAUACUAACAACUCAAUGAUGCCGACAAUGAGCGCCAGUCCAUACGUCAAGAAAUUAAGAACCGAAGACAGCAAGGGUGUUAAAGGUAUCAAAUCUCGUUUGGAGGGUUCCAUAGAAAAGGAUAAGAUAUUUCAAACAUUUUUAAAGUCGUUGGCUCUUCUUGAGGAAGAGCGGGACCUCUACGGAUAUGCGGAGCUAAGCGUAAUCCAGCCUUUGCAAAAGGGUCUGGAUCGCAAACGAGAAGAAGAAGCUAGGAUAAGGCAUCAAGGUGAGCGCGCUAUAAUUGCGCUGGCCGGUGAAGUUACAAAGGAGAAAUCCAAAAGGAAAAAGAAGAGUAAGACAAAGAAGAAGGUCUCAGAUGCAGGUGAGCCUAAGAAGAAAACGAAGAAACCAACUUCGAAAGGUUCUAGCGAGGAUAAACAAAACAUGGUUAUUAUUGAAGCUGCAGGAAGACGUGAGUUGCAGAGGCGAGAGAGGAUAAAAAAAAUGGUCGAAAGAGAAGCCAACAUCGGCUCUGUCGCAACAGCCAACCCUGCGGAAAAUAAAUCUCAGCCCAGCAACAAGUCUGGGAAGAAGGCCAAAGGUAAAAAACGACCCAGCUCAAAAGCUAAGAAAAAAGACGGCGCCGGUGGACAAGGCCCUAAAAAGCCCGACGCCUAA